CCGGCUCGGGGAGCGGAGCGGAGACAAAGGCGCCGCGCCGCCCCCCCCACCCCCCCCGCCUUCCGCCCCGCCCCGGUUAUAACGCGCCCCCCUCCCGGUACCGCGCCGGCCCAUGGCUCCGGCGGCGCCUCCAUGCCCGGGGGGGAGGCGGGCAGGGGGACGGCCGGCAUGGCGGGCGGGCGGCAGGGCGGCGGGUCGGUGAAGAUGGCGCUGCGGCGGGCUUACUCCAUCAAGGACAAGCUGGAGGCCAUCGAGCGGGUGAAGAAGGGCGAGCGGCAGGCGUCGGUGUGCCGGGCCUUCGGGGUGCCGGGCGGCACGCUGCGGGGCUGGCUGAAGGACGAGGCCAAGCUGCGCUGGUUCCUGGAGCAGCUGGGCGGCGAGGUGGGCACCCAGCGCAAGAAGAUGCGCCUGGCCAACGAGGAGGAGAUCGACCGCGCCGUCUACGCCUGGUUCCUCGCCCUGCGCCAGCACGGCGUGCCCCUCUCCGGGCCCCUCAUCCAGGCGCAGGCCGAGGCCUUCGCCCGCCAGAUCUACGGGCCCGAGUGCACCUUCAAGGCGAGCCACGGCUGGUUCUGGCGCUGGCAGAAGCGCCACGGCAUCUCCAGCCAGCGCAUCUACGGCGAGGGCGGCCUGGCCGCCGAGCCCGAGCGGGCCCCCGCCGCCUGCCCCGAGCCGCCGCUGCCCGACGCCGGCGGCUACGGCGACGAGCAGAUCUACAACGCCAACGUCACCGGGCUCUACUGGAAGCUGCUGCCGGGGCAGCCGCGCCGGCGGGCGGCCCCCGGCGAGCGGGUCACCGUGCUGCUGGCCGCCAACUUGACGGGCUCCCACAAGCUCAAGCCGCUGGUGGUCGGCGGCCUCCGCAAUCCCCCCAGCCUCCGGCACCACAACCAGGACAAAUUCCCCGCUUGCUACCGCUACAGCCCCGAGGCCAGGCUGGGGCUGGCCCUCCUGCGCGCCUGGUUCUUCGAGGACUUUGUGCCCGGUGUCAAGAGGUACCUGCGCCGCAGCUGCCUGCAGCAGAAGGCCGUGCUGCUGCUCAGCUGCCCCCCGCCACCCUCCGGGGCCGGCCCCGAGGAGACCCCGCCGCUGCAGACGCCCGACGGCGCCAUCCGCGCCCUCUUCCUUUCCAAGGGCCCCGCCGGAGGAGGCGGGGGCCGAAUCCCGGCCCCCUUGGAGCAGGGGGUGGUGUCCGCCUUCAAGCAGCUCUACAAGCGGGAAUUGCUGCGCCUGGCCGUGUCAUGUGCGGCCGGCGGCUCCGGCGGGGGUGGCCCCGUGGAUUUCGUGCGGUCCUUUCUGCUUAAGGACAUGCUCUACUUGGCCGGCCUCUCCUGGGACCUCAUCCCUCCUGGCUCCAUCGAGAAGUGCUGGCUGCUGGGACUGCGCGCUGCCUUCGAGCCCCAGCCCGGGGAGGAAGAGCAAGGAGACCCGCCGCGGGGGGAGGAGGGGAGUGGGGACAGCAAAGUCUUCAGUGACCUUACCCACCUGGCCGCCCUGGCCUACAAGCGCUUGGCUCCCGAGGAGGUGGCCGACUGGCUGCACUUGGAUGACGCGGCCCCAGGCAUGGAGGAGGAUGAUGGGGAAGAGGAUGCUGAGGACGAAGGCCCCGGUGGCUUCGGGGUGGACGAAGAGGAGGAGGUGGCCACCGGGGAUGGGGGUGGCGGAGGAGGAGGUGGUGGGGCUGGGGAAGGGGGGGACCCCUUGCUGCCCACGGCCCGGGAAGCUAUCCGAGGUCUGGAGACGGCACUGCGCUGGCUGGAGAGCCAGGACCCCCGGCAAGUGGGGCCGCUGAAGUUGGUGCAGCUCCGCUCCCUCAUCAGCAUGGCCCAGCGGCUGCACCGCGGCGGCAGCCCCGAUUCCUAGGGCCAAGGUGGCCUGCGACCUCUCGGCUACCUACCGCCUCGCCUGGGCAAGGGGGCACGGCCCGGACCCCCGUGGGGCUGGGGGCAACCUGCCUCUCCCGUGGGACCGGCAAUGGAGGUGCCAGCUCCCCUCACCCCUCCGUCACGGGCAGCUCGGGCUCCGGAGGCCCCAAUACCCUUACGUUACCUUUGCUAAGGGGAGUGAAAAUUUAGGGCUAACAGGGGGUUUUGUGUAAUACCCUCCAUAUGUCGCAUAUUCGAGGGCUGUUCCUCACCCCCAGUGUAUUUAGGAGGUGCUAUUUUUUUUUGUUUGAAUCCUGUGAGACUGAGCAGGAUGGAUCCGCCGGCAAUGCGCCGCCAGGAGCACGGGGAAAAGUUACGUCCCCACCGCUGUAAGUAAUCCCCCCGCAUCGCGGAGCGGGGUGCCGAGCGAGGUUUGAGGUGGGCUGCCCCGGUGGGACAUCUCUCGCUCCCCAGCGCCGACCAAGACGGAGGCGCCGGGCCGGAGCGGAGCUGGCAGAGGGAUCUGCGCGGCGGGGAGAUGGGUCAGAUCCCCGGAGAGGGUCACCUCCAUCUCGGUGACAACCAUGCGCGCGAGGGUGCCCGGGCCGUGGCGACCUGCCCAACGGGUAUCUUCAGCCAAGCAUCUCUGCAAAGCACAACGGUCCGGGCGGAGGAGGCUGAGGUGUCCUCCAGGGUUGGCAGGGCAGCCGAGGCUGGAGGAGCCGGGGAGACGGCUCCCAGCGCGACGCGCAUCUCGAGCGGGGCAGCAGCAGGAAGGGCUCCCAGAGGUGAAACACUAGAGGCAUCAAAUGUGAAUUAGCAGCUCUGCUCUUCACUGGAUUUUGAUAAUUUUUAAGUCUAUUUAACCAAAUUAUUCAAAGGAGGAAAAAGAAAAAAAAAAUCAUUAGUGCUGAAGUACCUCGUGUCAGCAGGCGGGGUGGCUGGUUUUACCUGUUGGGUCUUUGUCUCAUGACUUCAGAGUUUAUGAAGAUUAAAUGGAUUUUUAUUCCCA